AUGGUUGAUCAGGUUCAGCGCCCUAAACUCUUCCAGAAUGUUGCACGCCAUACCGGUCUUUCAAUGUACCAACAGAGGUCAUUUGGGAAUUACACCAACCCUGCAUUUCAGUGUCCAGUGAUGCCGGCAUGUGGAGCCACAAUGACUGAUUUCUCUACUGUUGCAACAACAGCUUCCCCUAUCUUUGUUGCAGCUCCUGCUGAGAAAGGAAACUUUCUUGUUGAUUUUCUCAUGGGAGGAGUUUCUGCUGCUGUAUCAAAAACCGCUGCUGCUCCCAUUGAACGAGUUAAGCUUUUGAUCCAGAACCAAGACGAGAUGAUUAAAGCUGGUAGACUUUCUUCACCCUAUAAGGGAAUUGGUGACUGUUUUAAGCGAACAACUGCCGAUGAAGGUCUUGUUGCCCUAUGGAGAGGUAACACUGCAAACGUCAUCCGUUAUUUCCCCACUCAGGCUUUGAAUUUUGCAUUCAAGGACUACUUCAAGAGGCUUUUCAAUUUCAAGAAGGACAAGGAUGGUUACUGGAAAUGGUUUGCCGGUAACUUGGCCUCAGGAGGUGCUGCUGGUGCUUCAUCCCUUUUCUUUGUCUACUCCCUUGACUAUGCUCGUACCCGUCUUGCAAAUGAUGCAAAGGCUGCAAAGAAGGGUGCUGGAGGAAGACAAUUCAAUGGUCUUAUUGAUGUCUACAAGAAGACAUUGGCAACUGAUGGUAUUGCUGGACUUUACCGUGGUUUCAAUAUUUCAUGUGUUGGAAUCAUUGUCUACCGUGGUCUCUACUUUGGAAUGUAUGAUUCCUUGAAGCCAGUUCUCCUAACUGGAUCUUUGCAGGAUAGUUUCUUUGCUAGUUUUGGUCUCGGAUGGCUCAUCACCAACGGUGCAGGUCUAGCAUCUUAUCCAAUUGACACCGUCAGAAGAAGAAUGAUGAUGACAUCUGGUGAAGCAGUCAAGUACAAGAGCUCCAUGGAUGCAUUUUCACAAAUCCUCAAGAAUGAGGGUUUCAAGUCCUUGUUUAAGGGAGCUGGUGCUAACAUCCUUCGUGCUGUCGCUGGUGCUGGUGUGCUUGCUGGUUACGAUAAGUUGCAGGUCAUAAUGCUCGGCAAGAAGUACGGAUCUGGUGGUGCUUAA